AUGGCGGUCGCCAUGGCGUGGCUGCGGCGGGGUGCCUGGGGCCCGGCCCGGCGGUGCGGGCUGGCGGCCGGCCGGAGCUACAGCGGCGGCGGCGCCUACCCCAGCGUGCCGCUGACCUGCCCGCUGCCCGGCGUGCCCAAGGCGGUCUUCGCGGCGGCCGAGGGCCGGGAGCGGUUCGAGACGCGGGUGACGGUGCUGGAGAACGGGCUGCGCGUCGCCUCCCAGAACAAGUUCGGGCAGUUCUGCACCGUGGGCCUUCUUAUAAAUUCGGGAUCAAGACACGAAGCGAAAUACUUCAGUGGCAUCUCUCACUUCUUGGAAAAGCUGGCCUUCUCCUCUACAGCUCAGUUUGGUAGCAAAGAUGAAAUUCUCCUCACCUUAGAAAAGCACGGGGGCAUUUGUGACUGCCAGGCAUCAAGAGACACCAUAAUGUACGCUGUUUCUGCUGACGCCAAAGGCCUGGACACAGUGGUCAACUUGCUGGCUGAUGUAGCGCUACAGCCCAGGUUAUCAGAUGAAGAAAUUGAGAUGACUCGAACGGCUAUACGAUUUGAGCUUGAAGACUUGAAUAUGAGACCUGAUCCAGAGCCUCUCCUCACAGAAAUGAUCCAUGCGGCAGCCUACAGAGACAAUACAGUUGGACUGAACAGGUUCUGUCCAGUGGAAAAUACUGACAAAAUUGAUCGAGAAGUCUUGCAUUCAUACCUGCGCAACUACUAUACACCAGACAGGAUGGUGCUUGCCGGGGUGGGAAUUGAGCAUGAGAAGUUAGUGGAGUGUGCGAAGAAACAUCUGCUUGGAGCGGAGCCAGUGUGGGGCAGUGGGCAGACCAAGGACGUGGACAGAUCUGUGGCUCAGUACACAGGAGGCAUUGUCAAGGUUGAAAAAGAUAUGUCAGAUGUGAGUCUGGGCCCUACACCCAUCCCAGAGCUUACCCACAUCAUGAUUGGGUUAGAAAGCUGCUCAUUUUUAGAGGAAGAUUUCAUUCCCUUUGCAGUAUUAAACAUGAUGAUGGGAGGUGGUGGCUCUUUUUCAGCUGGAGGGCCUGGCAAGGGCAUGUUCACCCGACUGUAUCUCAAUGUGCUCAACAGGCACCACUGGAUGUAUAAUGCAACCUCUUACCACCACAGUUACGAGGAUACAGGUCUCCUGUGUAUACAUGCCAGCGCAGAUCCAAAACAGGUUCGAGAGAUGGUGGAAAUCAUCACAAGAGAAUUCAUUCUAAUGGCAGGAGCAGUGGGAGAGGUAGAACUUGAGCGAGCAAAGACGCAGCUGAAGUCCAUGCUCAUGAUGAACCUUGAGUCUCGGCCAGUUAUCUUUGAAGAUGUGGGAAGGCAAGUGUUGGCCACAAACACAAGGAAGCUACCUCAUGAGCUCUGUGCCCUGAUCAGUCAGGUGAAAUCUACUGAUAUCAAGAGAGUGGUCACUAAGAUGCUUCAUAAAAAACCAGCUGUGGCUGCGCUGGGUGACUUAACAGAUUUGCCCACUUACGAACACAUCCAGGCAGCACUUUCCAGUAAGGAUGGGCGACUCCCUCGGAUGUACCGGCUCUUUCGAUAAAGCAGUGUAUCCUGCACGUCUGACAGACUUGCUUCUUUUUUAGUAUGUUUUUGAGAUUAUAAUAUUGCUGCAAGCCCUUCCCCCCAUCUUUCCAGGUGUACUGUGCAAACAUGGAGCUAUGCUACAGCUGAACAAAGCUGCUUCAGAACACUGGACUGUGAAGAGCCCGUUACGUUGGGCUCAAAGGCCCACCCUGGCUCUGGAGGAGUACUUUGACCCUCUGAGUAGGUUACAAGAGAAGAUGGGUGUAUACAGCCUUCUCUUGGCACUGGGGAGAACAUAGCAAGCCAAAAUUAUUCAUCACUACUCCAGAAAGAAUGUAUCUGAGAAGAAGUCACUGCUGUGUGUUACCACUUAAUCGUAUCAUCAGUAGAAGUGGGGCUGCCACACUGGAGGCCCUGGUGUGGGCCCUUCUUGAGGAACGUGGUGGCAUGUUAAAGAGCUUGGCUUAUGUAUCUGAAUUCAAAGAAUAUAGCUUUUACCAAGAUGAACAAAGAUUUGGUCAAACUGAAUUAGGAAAAUACUAGUCAUUAUCUAUGUGAAGUUAGGCAACAAGUUUCCUGCAGUCCAGGUUUUGUUACAAGCAUCAUGGAUCCAUUUCCUUGGUGUAAUUUACCAUCUGUAGUACUAACAGAAGUCACCUGUCUGGAAAUAACUUAAUAAUUUUGCUAGAGCUCAGAGGAAAGUAGACCUAUGGCAUAACUAAGUUUCUGAGGAGUUCAGCUACAGACAUACUAUGCAUAAUGCUACAUAGACACUUACUCUGGAAUGAAAGUGAUCCUAUUCUUCAGGUUUUUCACUGGCAAGUGAACUAUGCUGAAGAGUGACAGUUCUUUCACUCCAGAGAUGGUAUACAAACAGGAAGUUAUUAAAGGAGCUGCUGCGGCUGCACCUUAAACUCAUAUGUAUUUUCUUCAAAUUGUCACUCAGCUGAACUUAAAGCCUUGCAAAAAGAAAACAUGUCAAUCUUAACAGCAGCGGUGUCAAGAGCAACAAAGUGAUAAUAUUUAGCAAACAUAAUCUUGAAAGUGACUGACCCCAUGUUACCAAAAGAGAGGGGAAGCUAAGUGCCAUGCAUUUGACAUUACGAAGAAAUGGAGACCCAAAAGAGAGGAAUAAAACAUUUGAUUUACGUAAUCCCCUAACAUAGGGUCUUAAAAACAUAGCUGCAUUGCAGCACUUCACUGGCUAGAUGUGUAGUGUAAGGAGCAAUCAAACUGGGAGCAGAACACUGUGAGGCAGCUAUUACCUGCUUUAUCCCCAUACCUUUCCUCAUGCAACUAGAAGAAAACAUGUUGCGUUGCUUCUUGUGGAACCCACAGUCUGGAAGUCCUUAUUCAGUUGCUCUGUAUGUUUGUAAGAAAAUAAAGAGACCUCUAAAUG